AUGAGUCAUAGUAAAAGAUUAAUUAAUGACUUUCUUGAGACAAUUCAAUCAUGGAAAGAUUGGAUUUCAUUCAGUUAUAUUGAAAUUAUUCAUGUUCGACAAGGAGUAUUGACAGGUAUCGAAUUAGAAACGCGAUGCCAAUUAGCAUUUUUACUUGAAAAAAUUCGUCGUUGUGAAGCUGAUGAAAAAGAAAUGGUCGAAUUAUUAGAUAAAUUUAAUGUAUAA